AAAAAAAAAAAAAAAAAAAAAAUCAGAGCUGCACAAUGGUAACCUAAGAGGAGAAAAAGGAAAACAAAAAUGAAAAUACCCAAAAGAAAACUAUUCCUCCUCGUCAUUGUUGCGUAUGUAGUGUUUUCACUCUACGCUGCAUAUAAUGUUUUCUUCAGCAACAAAGUCAUCUCGCGUGUUCACAGGGUGGUGAAGAAAGAGGCGCGUGCCCCUUCAGGUGGUGUUAGAGAUGGCGGUGUUGCUCCAUUUCUAGGAGACGACGAGUGGAACCCCUGGGAGGAUGAGCAGGUGGAGUACAACUCUGCUCUCACCAAAAAGAGAGAGGCUUUCAGACACUACCUGAACCGUAUCGACAAGAUGAAACCAAAACGAUACCGAGUCCAAAUCUGGGGGAAAGCUGCCAUAGGGAUUUACCUUUGGGAACAUAUUUUAGAGGGACCCCUCAACCCAACUGAUAAAGUAGCACAAUGGAGAGAGGGUGAGCUGCAGUCAGGAAAGAUUGAUUUCAGUUUUUACACAGGUCCUGCAGUGGUUCAGGGUCAUGUCCCUUUUGAUAUGAACAGCCUGGUUCUUGUUCUGAAUGGACGUGAGCAGCAGAAGGUCUCUUACUCAACAAGGUGGUUGGAGCAUGUUCAUGCUCUGGUGCAGGCCCAUACUGUGUCUCACGUAGCUGUGGUCCUGCUGGGUAAUGAGCACUGCAAUAAUGACUGGAUCAGUCCUUACCUAAAGAGAAACGGUGGCUUUGUGGAUCUGUUGUUUCUUGUUUACGACAGCCCGUGGGUCAAUGAUAAGGAUAUCUUCCAGUGGCCACUUGGUGUUGCCACAUACAGACAAUUUCCCAUGAUCAGGCCGAAUACCCAGCUGAUCACCAACAACAGACAAUACCUCUGCAACUUCAUUGGAACCAUUUACAAAAACUCCUCCAGAGAAACACUCAUGCAUGUGCUGAAACACUCUGGCCUGGACAAAGACUGCAUCAUUACUGCCAGAGACAACUGGCUUCCUCAGGAGAGCGCGGAUAGUCUGAGACGCUAUCAGAUGGCUCUGUCCCAGAGCGAGCUCACACUCUGUCCUGUCGGGGUUAACGCAGAGUGCUACCGCAUCUACGAGGCCUGCUCUUACGGCUCAGUACCCGUGGUGGAAGAUGUCCAGACCCCUGGGGCCUGUGCAGCCGGAGCCAACGCCCCGCUGCGACUGCUCAAAGCUGCAGGAGCACCCUUCAUCUUCCUCAGUGACUGGAAGGAGCUGCCAGCCGUGCUGGAGAGGGAGCGAGGGGUGAGCCAGGAGCAGAGGGUGGACAGGAGGAGGAGGCUGUUGGAAUGGUACGCCAGCUUCCGUCAGCAGAUGAAGGAGAGAUUCACCGAGGUCAUCGAGGAGACCUUCUUCAAAAGUGGCUGAUGAUGGUGCAGAAUUCUAACCUUUAAAAAUAACAGGGUUAAUGCUGCUUUAAUUUAUUUUCGUGGCCAUUGGAGUAACUCGAACUGUGAUCGACUACUGGUGUACUGUUGAUGUUCAGUGAUCUUGUUAAGGUUAUUAGAAAUUAUAUAUGUCGUAGAUUUUCAAAGCUUUCAAAAUUCUAAAACAUACACAUUGCAUAAAUGCCCGAAGACAUUACAACACAACAGAUGUCUAAAUGUUUACAUUGGUGGAAUGAUCUUGCCUUUAGAGGACACGAACAGUUCUUAUGUUAACUUAUGUUUUGUACCUCUGUUUGUACUUAUUAUUGUGAUAUUAACUAAACCACUAGGAUUAUGAAUUUGCAGUCAAGCAAGUUAUUAUUAGGUCUUGAUUAUUAUUGUUGCAUAAUACUAUUUUGUGUUGUGAACAGCUUGAAGUAGGUGUUUUGGUGCAAUAUGUCACUAUUACGACCAAGACAAAAAAAAAAUGUAUUCCAACUUUUUUUGUUAGUGCAAUAAAAUGAAAUGGUGGAUUGGGGUGAAGAGUGGGUUGGUUUUUGGUUCCUCCCCCCCACAGACGGCGCUGUGGAUUUAUAGCUAGAUAAGUGGUUUAUUGUCACAGUUGAACAAGCAGUAGUGGCACUGGAAAUCAGACAGACAAGCUUAUUCAAACUACAGGUACCUUAAGACACACCUGCCCCUAAUUUUUGCCAUGCAUGGUGGUGAUAUUUCCUGCAACAAUCCCAGCCACGUUCACCUGCUGCUCCCUGCAAAAAUCGUAGACGUGUCCAGCAGGUGGCAGUGUAACAUUACUGCCUACAAAAAUACCAGACAUAUCCAGCAGGUGGCAGACAGGUACAUGGUAAAUUCAAACUUUGUACUGAUCUGGUGCGUCAGUUAAUCUAAACAACCCCAAAUCAAGUUCUUGUAUAAAUAUGGAAUGUAGCAUGUAUUGGU